UCCACAACGGAGUCCUCAUCAUCAAGCAAGAUCCUCAAUUAAGCCCACCCCAAAAACCAGGGUCUUGAUUAAUGGCAACAUCGAAUUCCACUAAAUAUGCCCCAGAUGCAAAUUCCCGGAGAAAGAAGAUGGAGCAGCAAAUUAAGCAUUAGAAAGGUGACCAGUGGGCAUAGCAUCCAACUUCAAUCUUUGGAGUUGCAUGUAUCAGAAAUAAAGAUGAUAGUAAAGGACAUUGCUGUAGUUAAAAAGCAAUUAGGAAGGUGGAUGAGAAAACAGGGUAUUGAAGAGCCCGAUGAUGGGGACGACGACAAAUUUUGUGACAAGGGAUCUCCUUGGAAGAAUGAAACAAAGCCCAAGAACAAAGGCACCUCGGAUUCAGAAUGGGUUGAUGCAGAGCAAAGAAAACAGUAUAUUGAGCCAGUCAUUGACCUCGAUAAUGUUAGGAUGCAUAGAGUCGAAUAAGGACAGACAUUAGUCAAUUAGUCCAUUAGUUGGUUGACCUAGUUAGUUAGUUAGAAGAUAUCAGUUAUAAUUAUAAAUAGGGGAAAUCAGAUUUGGGGAUGGUUUUUUAUGAAAUUGAUAGUUUAUUUAAGCAAAGGGAGAGAUACUUUUGUGAAGGGGAAGCCCAUGGGAAGAAUUACAUUCUUCAUUUCUGUUCUGUUCUGCAAUAAAGUCAUGUUCUUGUGACUCUUCUCUAUAGCUUCCAUCUUAAUUUUUUCUAAGUUUCUAUCAUAUCAUGUAUCAUAUAUAUUCACAAAGCUGAGAACCUUAAAUUGUUCUUAGUAAUCUUUCAAGUAUCAUCACGCUGUUUUUGGCCUCCUCCUACCGAUUUCUAAAUUGGUGUCAUCUUAUC